UUGCCAAAAAAAAAACAAAAAAAAAAAAAACAAAAAAAGUGACUCCUUUCCUCAAAGCGACGUUUCACUCUGAGAAACUCAAUUGCCAUAACAAUGCUUUUAAAAUUGCUCAAAUAUCCAUCGUUUAAGCAGUAGAUCUGAUUCUCAUUGUUGUUUCUUAAACAACAAAUUCCAUCACACUCUCAUUUCAAAAGUUGAAAAGUUGAGUGAGAGAAAGGAAGUUUGGUUGAUCGAAAAUGGCGCCGAUCUUCGAGUAUUUCAUAGUGUGUGGAAUUGGGCCAGAAAUUCGAACAUUAGAUGGAGAUAAAGGAUUUUAUGGGACCAAUUAUAGGUACUUACCAUCACUUCUUGAUCAAUACCCUCCUUCCAAUCCCUCUCUUCGUCCUCCGCCUCCUCCUCCUCAGCUUCCUAUUUGUGUUUUGCCUGCUGGAGUGGAGUUCUAUGCAUCAGGCUUUGACGGCAAUGAUCCCUUAACAUAUCCUCGAACUUAUCCUAUUGUCUUAACUGAGGGUGAUGGUUCCAAAAUCUAUGUCACUUGUAUUGCCUUUCGGGAUCCUGUUGAUGAAGAUAUUGUUGAAGCACAUCGUAUUCCCUUGAAUUCAUUUGCAGACAAGUGCAUAUGUCUUGUUUCACGUUUGCCAAGUUUUUAUGUGCUACGUAGUGCUCUGGAGGAGAUCUUUGCUCUUUGUUCAUCCCUUAAAGGAAGCUGCAAGCCAUUAUGGGAUGUCAUUGCCUAUAUGGUGUCUAAUGUUCCUCUGCCUACGCCCGGGAAAGAUCGAGUGUUGUUUGCUAUUGAGAAUUGCCUACUCUCUGUUGAGGCUCCACCAAAAGAUGGUUUACCUCAUGCUGAUAUAUCGUUUCAGCCAUUGGUACAGUGUCUGGAUGUUGACAAUGUUCUUAAACUCUUCACAGCUGUACUACUUGAAAGAAGAGUCCUACUUCGGUCAAACAAGUAUUCACUUUUGACUCUUGUAUCUGAGGCAAUUUGUCAUCUUAUCUACCCAUUCCGGUGGCAGCAUGUCUACAUUCCAUUACUAUUUUUCAGCGGAGUGGAUUACAUUGAUGCUCCAACGCCAUACAUGAUGGGUCUUCAUUCAGGAGUUGACACCUCUGAUCUAUCAAUGGAUGGUGUUGUAAUUGUGGACCUUGAGUUGAAUCGCAUCACUACUUCAGAGGAAAUACCUUCUAUACCAGAGCCAGAAUUGAGCUCCUUACGUGGUGAGAUAUUAAAAUUACUAUAUCCAAAUGUGAUGGAUAUAGAUCUGAUCAAGGUUGGCCUCGGCAAAUCAUGUGAACUGCAUCAUAGAGUUGCUAACAGACCAUGGUCAGAAGAGCAUGAUGUUCAACUUAGGAUGAUAUUUCUGAAGUUCUUUGCUUCAAUAUUAUCAGGAUAUCGGAAUUUUAUUGAAAAUACAGCAAACAAUGUCUUUAAUACCCAAGCAUUCUUGAAGAAGCGCUCUCGAUUGACUAAUCAACCCCUGGAUCAGAUGAUAAUACAAUUUUUGGAUACUCAAGGUUUUCUGGACUUCCUUGAAAGGUGCUCAGGGUCUGGUGAUAAUUAUAACAACCUUCUUGACAAGUUGCAAGAUGCUAUUGGGAGAGGACAGGAUCAUAUGUCAAUACUGCCAUCACCUGUAUUAGAUCCUGAAAUUAUUACAAUAUCAGAUCUUGGUGGUGGAGUACCUGUAAGUGGUUCUCGUUAUACAUAUGACAGAUUCCCUCGUUAUAUCAUAACUGAAGAGCAGGAGGAAAAGAGGAAACAGAUACUUGCUGCAGUUAGUGGAGCCCUUGUGAACGAUGCAAAACUUACUCAUGAUCUUGCUGAAAGUCUCAGUCCAAGGGAGAGAGCUGCAGAACGGGAGCGCAUGGUCUUGGACAUAAAAGUGAAGUUGCAGGGGCUGUGGCUACGUCUUUUGAAGUUAGGGACAACUGAUGAUCCAUUGUCCUCUUUUGAAUAUGGAACUAUUGUUGCUCUCAUUGAAUCUGACGCAGAUGGUAUUGGCGGAAGUGGGUUUGUUGAGUGUAUAAGGGAACACAUACAUACUGGGUGGACUUGUCAAUUGACUGAAGAGCAAUUUAUUGCUGUCAAAGAACUGCUGAAAACUGCAAUUACCCUUGCAACAUCCCGCAAUGACAUGUCAACAGUUAGAGAUGCUCUUGAAGUGUCAGCUGAAAUAUAUAAGAAGGAUGCCAAUAAUGUUUCAGAUUGUGUUCAACGUCAUCUGAUUUCUCUGUCGAUCUGGGAAGAGCUUCGGUUUUGGGAAGGAUAUUUUGAGUAUCUCAUGGACCAAACCUCCAACAAGUCAUCUAAUUAUGCCACCUUGGUUAUGACACAGCUGAUUGUAGUAGCUUCACAUAUGGCUGGACUGGGACUUCCUGAUUCUGACGCUUGGCACAUUAUUGAGAUCAUAGCAGAGAAAAACAACAUUGGGUAUAAGCAAUUUAUACAACUGAGGGGGUUCUUGUCACAUAUUCACCAACUACGCUUUGCUUACUGGGGAGUCGCGGCUUUAAAAGUCCAAUCAUUGUCUUCUUAUGGAGUGCAAUCAGCACUUUCUCAAGAUGUUGCAACUGACGGUCAACAAACUAUUGAGGCUUCUAGUGUUGGAAGGAGCUGGGUGCAGAGCAUGUUCAGCAGGGAUACAUCAUUAAGGGCUCAUUCUUUUACUCGUGUAAAUAGUGGAGUAUCAGUUGCAGAUGAAAACAAACAAGAUCUGGGAAACACAGCAGGUCAAAAGAGGCCUUCAACAAAUGUGCGCGUACUUAGGGGCCAUAAUGGUGCAAUCACUGCUUUACAUUGUGUCACAAGAAAGGAGGUUUGGGAUCUUGUUGGUGACCGUGAGGAUGCAGGCUUCUUCAUUAGUGGAAGCACAGAUUGCCUGGUUAAGAUAUGGGAUCCAAGUCUUCGUGGUUCUGAGCUUCGGGCAACUUUGCAAGGCCAUACUGGAGCUGUGCGUGCUAUAAGUUCUGACCGAGGAAAGAUAGUAUCAGGCUCGGACGAUCAAUCUAUCUUGGUCUGGGAUAAGCAAACGUACCAGGUUCUGGAAGAGCUGAAAGGGCAUAAUGCACCAAUCAGCUCUGUGCGCUUGCUCUCAGGAGAACGUGUCCUUACUUCUUCCCAUGAUGGAACCCUGAAGAUGUGGGAUGUAAGAACAGACACUUGUGUGGCAACUGUUGGGCGUUGCUCAGGUUCAGUCCUUUGUAUGGAUUACGAUGAUUCUACAGGAGUUUUGGCUGCAGCAGGUAGAGAUUCAGUUGCUUAUUUGUGGGACAUCCGUGCUGGUCGACAGAUGCACAAGCUCUUGGGGCACACCAAAUGGAUCAGAUCUAUCAGAAUGGUUGGAGAUACUUUAAUCAGUGGUAGUGAUGAUUGGACAGCUAGGAUGUGGUCAGUUUCUCGAGGCACAUGUGAUGCUGUCUUGGCUUGCCAUGGAGGUCCUGUUCAAUGUGUUGAGUAUUCACCGUUGGAGAAGGGAAUUAUUAGUGGCUCAACAGAUGGGAUGCUUCGGUUUUGGGAAAAUGGGGAUGGAGGUAUAAGAUGUGUCAAGAAUAUCACCUUACAUUCUGCUUCUAUUUUAUCUAUAAAUGCUGGUGAACACUGGCUGGGGAUUGGUGCAGCAGAUAACUCCAUGUCUCUCUUUCAUCGCCCUCAAGAAAGACUUGGUGGGUUAUCCUCCUCAGGCUCUAAAGUAGCUGGAUGGCAGCUUUACCGGACACCCCAGAAAUCUGCUGCUGUUGUAAGAUGCGUGGCUUCGGAUCUUGAAAGGAAACGGAUCUGUAGUGGUGGCCGUAAUGGACUUCUUCGAUUGUGGGAUGUUACUAUAAAUAUCUGAGCUCUUAACUGUCAUAUUUAGGAAGUUAUUCUGUCAGAUUUACAUUAUGGUAAUUGUUUUCACCAAGAUACGAUAGUACAAGUUAUGAAAAGUUAGCAAGUAUUUUACUAUUCCCUUUAUAUCUUGGGAUCACAUUUGUAUACCUCCGUUUGAAGGGCUUGGUUCAGCUGCUUGUAUUUUGUAUUUGUGUUACAAGUAAUUGUUCAAAUGUCACGCUGUAUUUUUUUUUUGGGUUCACUGGAACGAUAUAUUAAGAUAAAACUACUACA